GCCAGCACCUGCUUUGCCUGCCUGACUUCUUUCUAUAUUUAUUCCUCUGCACCCGGUUUUUUGCCUUUGCCUGUGGAACUGUCACAAACAUUUGUGCUGACUUUUGACUGCACAGGACUUCAGCUUGCAAGUCCUAAAUCUGCCUUUGUGCAUGGCGGAGGAGCAGGCGUUUGUGUGCGUGGUUGUGCAUGUGUAUGUCUGAGCAUCCCUGGUCCUUCUGUCUGCAUUAUGUGGCCUAUGUCCCUGUGAUUCUGUAGCAGUCCCUCUGUUCUCUGCCCCUUCAAGAUGUUUCUAUGAAUCAAAUAUACUCGGUCAUCCUGCUUAUGUAAUUUUUCAUUUAAAUUAGCCACCCCUGACCCAGUGACUGCUUUAUAGCAAUCUGUACUGCUGUGCAGGAGGCUUGAGUUGGAUUUUAUUCCCCAACUCCCAAGGUUUCACUUCCCAACCGUGGUACUGUGGCAAGGAGGAGGAUUUGUGUUGCCAUGUAGCAGGGAGAUCCUGGUUAGGUUGUAGUUGGACACAGACAUGUCUGUCCCUCUGGUUUCUCUCGUCUGUGUUGUUUGGGGUAGAAGGUGUUCUGAAGCACAGGUGCUGAACACAGGUGCUGAGGUGCCUCUGUUCAAAGUGAGCACAAUUGCAAGGGAGAGGGUAUAAAGCCAUUUCAGCUGGGAAGAGGGGAGAUCCUAGUGCUGUCCUGGGGAAAGCCAAGCUGAAGGAAUAGCCAUUUUGUGGGUCUCCCAUCAGCAGGUGCAGCCUGGAAGAGACAUGUGCUCAUUCCUGAUUCGAUGGGCACAACUUGCACACACUGAAAAGCAGCCCUGGGCUGCCUGCCAGGAGCUGGGAAAUGGCUUGUCCUCAUCUGCUUAGGCCCCUGUACUCCCACCCCUUCUUAACAGCUCUCUUUGCUGCUGAAAUGGGAGUCCCUGUAAGGUCACAAAAGCGUUAGUCUCAGGUUUCAACCCCAAGAGCCAUAAAAGUACCCUGGCUGAUCCCUGUUCAAAGGCAAAGGCAGUGUGAGCAACUCUCGCUCCCCUGGUUUUGUGUCCCUAUCCCCACCAAUGUGUGCCACUGCAGCCUGCAUUCCUCUCCCAUUCUGUAAGCCCUCUGCCGCUCGUGCUGGUACAGCUAAUAUUUCCCUGCUGGCAGGGCAGGCAAGGUGGUGGCAUUUAACUCUUAUGGAGAACUCUGAUCUGAUCAUCUCUGGUGGGGCACCAGAGCUGGAAGGGCUGGUGUGUGCCUGUGAUGGGGUUUUUGCUCUUCCAGGUGUUCCCCUUCUGUGCUUUCGUUCCUAUCCUUGACUUAGACAAUUCUCUGCUUCAGUCCACUGUUUGUCCUUGUGAAAAGCAAUACCUUGGGAAUUGUUUUCUGCAAAGGGCUGGAAAACUAGAGUCAGAGUUGGUAGAACCUGCACCAAGCUGACACUUUUUACACUGGUUUUAAGAAUAUCUCCUGUUUCUGACCAUGGAGAAUUCUCUGGAUGACCCUGCUGCUGGCUGGGACACACAGCUCCUGUGGGAGGUUUUAGUGGGCUUUUGGAAAGAUAAUUAAUCAGCUGCCCAUGGAGAUCUAGUCCCAGCCUGCAAUGCACUGAGGUUGGCCUGGUGUGCCACUUAGUGCCACUUGGGCUGUUGGCUCUUUAAAGCUGCCUUUAUGACCACCAGUGUAAUGAAUGCAUGCUGGUGCUGCCUGGCAAGGUUGAUUUUUUUGCAGUGGUAGUAAUGGAUCACUGAGUUAAAUGUGGGUGUAUUCUAAAAGGCAGAGAACUUUGUUACCUUUUAAAGCAAUGGUUUAAAUGUUUUCUGUCACCUGUGGGUCCUAAACUCUUGCUGCCACAGGCCCUAACCACUGUUCAGUUCCAGGAGGUCAUUGCAGAGCCUCUGUCACUGCAGGAUUUUGGCUUCUCCUGAAGCCUGUGCUUCAGUACCAGUGAAAGCCAGAUGUGCUGUAAUGUCGCUUUUUUACAGUUUGUUUUGGCCAUACAUGGGCAGAGUCAGCUCUGGAAUUCCUUCCCUAUAAAUUCAAUAGCAUCUUGUGGGUGGUGCUGGGGAAUCACUCUGGUCUGGUUGGAUCGCCUUGCCUCAGCAGCCUGUUUGCCUUAAAAAUGUCCUGCUGUGCACAUUCCUGAGAGGCUGCCUGCCCCUGGAGCGAUGGCUGCAGCUACCAGGAGGCUGGUGUCCCAUGCUGGCAGGCAGAGUCAGCUCCUGCUGCCUGCAGGUCAGCCUUUGCUGCUGAGGACUGAUGCUUGUGGCAGUGCUGGCAUGGGGAUGUUGCUCUGGUGUGCAUGCAGGCUCUGCAGGGAUAGUUAUGCCCUCUAAGAAAACUGCCUCUUAAACCUGGUUUCUGGGUUUGAACAUUGACACUCAAGUCCCUUGAGUCCCCACAGGGGUGGGGAGGCUGGGUGCUCCCCAGUUCCCACCUGACAUGGGAUACAGUGCUGUGUGUCCAAGCAGGGAUUGGUGGGUGCUGCCAUCCUGGGCCCCCUUGUACCUGCAGGCGUCUCUUGUCUUGUCCUUCAGUUUGUGCCUUUUUGCAGAGCUGUCUUUUGUUUUUGUGUUUGUUGUUUUUUUUUUUCCAUAACUCAGGUUCAAAUACAUGCUCUUUAUAAAGCACUAGCUCAAUGAGCCAGGUCAGGGGAGAUUUCCCUGUGCCAGCUUGUUGUGGUCAGUUUUCAGUUCUCUCUUGCUCCUGGACCUUGUUCCAAAUUUGAUGUGCUCGAGAGGGAAGCAUGUUAGCAAAGGAGCUUGCCUGAAUGCUGAGUGCUUUGUAACUGUGUGUGCCUGAAUGCAUCAGCCUUUGGAAGCAAGCAUCUUCCCCUGAAACAGCCUUGUGAUAUCCAAGUGCCUGCUCUCUUGGGAGGUCCCUUGGAAGAGCCUGUCUGUUCGUCUGACUGGGUGUGUGACAGGGCUGCCUUGCUUCCAGAGCUGAACCAUGUCCCACCCGUCCUGGCUGCCACCCAAGAGUACCAACGAGCCUCUUGGUCACAUUACUGCAAGGAUGGAGACCACACACACCUUUGGGACUCCCAGCAUCUCUGUGUCCACCCAGCAGACCCCAAAGAAGUUUGCACCUGUGGUUGCCCCCAAACCAAAGUACAACCCAUACAAGCAACCAGGAGGUGAUGGGGACUUCCUUCCUCCCCCGCCCCCUCCUGUGGAUGACCUUGGGAACAUCACAUCAUCACAAGGUGCCUUUCCCCCCCCACCCCCUCUGGAUGAUGUUACUUACAAUGUACAGGUGAAGCCUGGUGGCAAGACGCUUGAGGAGAGGCGGUGCAGUUUAGAUGCAGAAAUCGACUCUCUGACCAGCAUCCUGGCCGACCUAGAGAGCAGCUCUCCAUACAAACCUCGGACUCAACAGGGCUCUGGGACCUCAAGCAGCUCUGCUGCCACCACCCCAUCCGUGUCCACUCCUGUCACUGGCCACAAGCGGAUGAUCAUCCCCAACCAGCCUCCCCUCACCGCCACCAAGAAGUCCACUGCCAAGGGCCCGGGGCAGCCAGCGCCCAUCCCGGUCACUCCCGUGGGCACCCUGAAGCCGCAGCCGGUGCCGGCCUCCUAUGCCACGGCCUCCACGCCGAGCCGCCCGGCCUUCAAUGUGCAGGUGAGGACGGCGCAGCCCAGCCCUCACUACCAGCCGCCCAGCCCGCAGCCCGGCCACUAUGGCAGCCUGGGGCCCGGCCAGCCCUAUGCCACCGCGCCGUCCCGCCAGCCCGCCGCCCCUCAGUACGGAGCGCCACAGCCCCACGGGCCCAACUACGGCUACGGCCCUCCGCCCGGCCGGCCCGCCGAGCCCGCCUACGGGUACGCGCCUCCGCAGGGCCGCUACCAGGACCCCUACUACGGGGGGUACGGCGGCAGGAACGGCUCCGAAGCGCCCUACAUGCCACAGAGCUCCUGGAAGGCCGAGCCGGCGUACCCUGCGAGUAAUGCCAUGGGCCAGGCUCCCCCUGGGCUCUACCAGCCACCGGGCACGAAGAAGACCUACAUCACCGACCCGGUGCUGGCCCCGCAGGUGCCCACCCUGCAGCAGAAGGGUGGGUAUCCAAGCGCUGGACCUGCAUCAGGCACACCUGCCUUCAGGCCUGAGGAUGAGCUGGAACAUCUGACCAAGAAAAUGCUGUAUGACAUGGAGAAUCUUCCCUCUGAUGAGUACUUUGGACGCUGUGCCCGCUGCGGGGAGAAUGUCGUUGGAGAAGGCACUGGUUGUACAGCCAUGGACCAAGUCUUCCAUGUGGAGUGUUUCACCUGUAUAACGUGCAAGAGCAAGCUGAGGGGACAGCCUUUCUACGCUGUGGAGAAGAAAGCCUACUGUGAACCUUGCUACAUUAAAACUCUGGAGCAAUGCAGCGUCUGCGCAAAGCCCAUCAUGGAGAGGAUCCUCCGAGCCACUGGGAAGGCCUACCAUCCCCACUGCUUCACCUGUGUGAUGUGCCAUCGCAGCCUGGAUGGGAUCCCCUUCACUGUGGAUGCUGGUGGCAACAUCCACUGCAUCGAGGAUUUCCAUAAGAAAUUUGCCCCAAGGUGUUCUGUGUGUAAGGAGCCCAUCAUGCCAGCCCCGGGACAAGAGGAGACCGUGCGCAUUGUUGCCCUGGAUCGCGACUUCCAUGUCCAGUGCUACCGGUGCGAGGACUGUGGUGGCCUCCUGUCUGAAGGGGACAAUCAGGGCUGUUACCCUCUGGACGGGCACAUCCUUUGCAAGACCUGCAACUCUGCUCGGAUCCAGGCUCUGACUGCCAAGGCCAGCACUGAUCUCUGAGGAUCAACUGUGACCCUCCCCAGGAUGCCCAUUGGGGGAUAUUGCACAAGCUUUGCAUGAUUUCUUUCCAGCCUAGGGUCUGAAACUCUGACAUUUAAAAAAAAAAAAAAAAAAAAAAAAGUAAAA